GAUUUGAGCUCGCAUUGGGCUCUAUCGGUUUGCCACGCUUGUUGUAGUCUUUUCUUGUGCCCUUCCGUUCAUAUAUAUAGGUUUGAGUCAGUUACGGUGUUUGUUACGGGUGAUGGAAGAGGGCAGGGGCUAUCCGCGACCGAUCGGACCAGGCGUGACACGUGUCGGCUGGAUCGGCGCUGGGGUCAUGGGCGCCGCCAUGGCCGCCCGCCUCCGGACCGCCGGCUACGCCGUUGCCAUCUACGCCCGCACCCCCUCCAAGGCCGAUCACCUCCGCCGCCUCGGCGCCCACCUCGUUCCCUCGCCGGCCGAUGCCGCCCGCUCCGCCGACGUGCUGUUCACCAUGGUCGGUCACCCGUCCGACGUCCGCGAGGCCCUCCUCGACCCCGCCUCCGGCGCCCUCGCCGCCAUCCCGCCCGGCGGCGUCCUCGUAGACUGCACCAGCAGCGACCCGGCCCUCGCGCGCGAGGUUGCGGCGGCGGCGCGGGCCAGGGGGUGCUGGGCCGUGGACGCGCCGGUCUCGGGCGGGGACGUCGGGGCGAGGGACGGGACGCUGGCGAUCCUGGCCGGGGGUGACGAGGGGGUGGUCCACUGGCUGUCGCCGCUGUUCGAGGCGCUCGGGAGGGCGACGUGGAUGGGGCCGGCGGGAAGCGGGCAGAGCAGCAAGAUCGCGAAUCAGAUCACGAUCGGUGGCACCAUCGUGGGGCUCAGCGAGGCGAUAGUGUUCGCGGGGAGGGCGGGGCUGGACGUGCCGCGGUUCUUGGACGCGGUGCGGGGCGGCGCGGCAGGGUCGCGGGCGAUGGAGAUCUUCGGGGAGAGGAUGGCGAGGCGGGACUUCGCACCGGGGGGUUUCGCAGAGUACAUGGUGAAGGAUUUGGGGAUGGGGUUGAGAGGAGGAGAGGACGGUGGGGAAGAGGAGACAGGGAAGGGCGUGGUGUUGCCCGGGGCGGCCUUGUGCCAGCAACUGUAUCUGGCGAUGGUGGCUAACGGGGAUGGGAAGAUGGGCGGACAGGGCCUGAUCACCGUCAUCGAGAGACUCAACGGAAAGCACGCAUAGUGAAUGCACAAGAAGGUGAAAGAUCAAGCGGUGGCCGAACAAAAUAUGUUAAAUGUUAUCGACAUCACACUACCACAUCCGCAGUUCUAACAGGCUCGCUCUCGAACACCUUCUCUGCACACCCUAUCGCACGGGUGUAUGAGUUGUCGCUCUACAUUGAUGUGGCAUUGCGUAGAACAUCGACAGAAGAAACGCGACGGAACAAAGGCCUCUAAAAACAAAUGAGAACUCUCAACAUCCUAAGACGCCACUGUCAGCUCUUUCUGGUUGCUACUUGGAGAGGUCAAAUGGCCGGUGGGGGCGACCUGCUCAGCCAGAAUCGCUCCUUCCUUCGUCAUAUGAUCCCACUUGCCUUGAAUGAGAUAGAUGAAGGCAAAGAGGGAGACCUCUGUAGUGAACAGGACAACCCACGGUCUCACACUCCUUGAGGUCCUCUCAUGGAAGGCAUGUAAGCCGACGUAGACGUUCGCGAUGCCCAGUACACAAACUCCAGUCCCAAGCAGCCAAUGCACCAAGUACCAGGCGCUCCUCAUCUUUAUGCCCCUGAGAAGAAAUCAUCCUCAUCUACGUAACGUGAUCCACUUGCACAGCUGCUAAGCUUUGAGAUUGGGCGAGAAUGGUAUACAUACGUACAUACACACGCACCUGUGAGGCCUGAAGAAGGCUAUGAUCGGUUGUAUCCAAAUGAAAGCGUAUACUGCUAACCCUAUCCUUUGAUGGGUGUUGUCGAAGGAGUUCUCAAAGUUGAUCAGUGAUAGAACUGCUGCAGCAGUAGCCAACAGGAUUGCCAUAAUCUGUCAGUGCAAUAUGUUGAACUUUUUAUUUCUUUGGUGAUUCAGCAUCUGGGAGAACAGUUUGUUUGCUCACCUGAACAAUGAGGUGGGCAUAGAACAGAACCUUGAGCCUUUUGAUGCAUUCAACUCUGUGCGACAUCCUGAUGAUGAUGAUUCCAACAGGCAUUAAGAAACCAACCGAAGCCCAGAGCAGGAAUGCAUGAACUCCGAUCUGGAAUGAGAGUUCAGGUGUCAGCUGCACAAAUGGCAAAGAAGAUGGAUGAGCCGAGUGUGUCUUCAUUUUCUGUUUGGCCGGAAACAAGAGGAGUGUCAUGGCAUACCUGGAGAGGAUUCGGCUGGCUGAUCCUGUAGGUUUGAACCAAUUUGGGUGUCUCUCUGGAUGAUCCCAGGGAUGGAAGAAGAGAAGCGGCUAUGGAACUUCCAAGCACCAUAACAAUUGCAUGUCUUCCUGAAGCUAACAUUUCCUGUUUCCUUGAUAGAGCAAGGAGGAAGAAUGAACUCUGCUCCUGGAAUUCCUAUCGACCUUGUCCUUGAUGCAGACAGACCGUAGAAGGCUUACUUGCGAAGAAAAAGAUAAAGCAGCAAAACAAAGACCUACAUGGAUUCUGCAGAGAACACAACACAGACAUAUAUAAUGGAUGUUUGCAGCUUCAAAGACCAGCACUGCAAGCAAAGCCAAUCUCUUUCCCUUCUUCCUCCCUUUCAGAUCAACAAAUCAGGUAGUUUCCUCUUGCAAGAAAUCCCUCACUUCAGAUGCAUUCUUAGGUCUCUACAAUAACAUUUGAAACCUUUUAGUUCUCAGUGAGCAACUGCAGUAUAUCAAGCUGGCGUGAAGGUCAAUAAAGGAAUCUCAAAGGUGAAGAACCUGUAAGAUAUCUCUAUAUUGGCUAGAGAUGGUUGGGUGGUAAUGAUAUGAACAACUUUUUGAAUGCAUAUCAAUAAAGUUCAUGUGGGGUUGGAGUAAGAAACUCAAAUGCCAACUUGUGCAUCUUUUCGGUACAAUGGUUAGGUCUGUUGAGUGGAAGCAGGAAGCACAGAAAAAAAAAGCUUGACACUGUUUCUCAAAAUCUAUUAUAUGUCAAACAGAAUCACCACAAAUGCAAGUGGAAGUGGCUGGUGGUGGGUUGCAGGGAAAUGAAAUCGUGAUCUGUUCCUCUUUCUGACAGUCCACACUACCAAGUAGUGCUCAAGUAUCAUGCUCCUUUGGAACUUUUAUCUCUAAGUAGUUGCCUCAUAAGAGUCUAAUAUUCUGGUGAUGUCAAGAUGUUGUAAGUGCUGCAUCUUUGUGGCUGAGCAGCUUAGAAUCCAUGUACCUUAGGAAUUCUAGAUAAAAAUUCUGUGAGGGUACCACCCACCACUAAGAAUUAUUCUUUCCUAUGGAAGAUUAUAUAGUGGGAAAGAUUGUAAUGAAGUGCUUACAUGGAUUUCUGACUCCA